AUGUCAAUUGUGAGGCGUUUGUGGCAGCGAAUAUUGAAGCCAACAUAUUUCGUUGGAAAGGACAUGGAAGGCAAUAAAUAUUUUGAGUAUCCAAAUGCGAACAACGGACGUUCCAAACGAACAGUGAAGUACAGGAAAAACGAAGACAUGUGGGCGUACGUUGCUAGCGGAAAACGUUUGCCAGUGCAAUGGUCAGCAUGGCUGACGCACACUAGGCCCGAUCCACCGGGCAUUGAGGAACUACAAGCGGAUCUAGCACGUCAGCAACGGGUUAAGUCAAACGCAGCUAUUCUAGAAGCGAGGGAUGAAGCAGAAAGAGCCAAUAGGGAGCGACUGGAGGCACCCAGCCACCAUUCUGCAGCUGAAGCGCAGUCUCGAAACGUGUCUAGGGAUGACAGGCUAGAACCGCCAGAAUCUGAUCGACGACCGAAAACACAGACACGGGAUCCCUGGGCUGAGGCAUUGUCAGGAUCCGAUGAGCCUCGAUCAUGGGUUCCUAUGACUCGGAAAAGGUAG